AUGACGUCCUUAGCCCAGCAACUCCAACGCCUCGCCCUCCCUCAGAGUGACCGCAGUCUGUUAUCGAGAGAUGAAGUUCCUUCUUUGUUGUUUGACCCCAAGGAAGCGGCCACCAUCGACAGGGACACCGCUUUUGCCAUUGGAUGCACUGGCCUGGAAGAGCUGCUUGGGAUCGAUCCUUCCUUUGAGCAGUUUGAAGCACCGUUGUUCAGCCAGCUGGCAAAAACAUUGGAGCGCAGCGUUCAGACCAAAGCAGUGAACAAAGAGCUGGAUGAAAACAUUUCAUUAUUCCUUAUUCACUUGUCCCCUUACUUCCUGCUGAAGCCAGCACAGAAGUGUCUGGAGUGGUUGAUUCACAGGUUCCAUAUCCAUCUUUAUAAUCAAGAUAGCCUCAUUGCUUGUGUUCUACCAUACCACGAGACCAGAAUAUUUGUACGGGUUAUACAGCUUCUGAAAAUUAAUAAUCCAAAGCACAAAUGGUUUUGGUUGUCACCAGUUAAGCAACAUGGAGUGCCCUUAGCUAGGGGAACUUUGAUUACCCACUGCUACAAAGAUCUUGGAUUCAUGGAUUUCAUUUGUAGUCUGGUGACAAAAUCUGUGAAGGUUUUUGUUGAGUAUCCUGGGAGUUCAGCUCAGUUGAGAGUGCUCUUAACUUUCUAUGCUUCUACCAUCGUGUCUGCUCUAGUGACUGCUGAGGGCGUAUUGGAUAAUAUAGUCGCCAAGCUAUUUCCAUAUAUCCAAAAGGGGUUGAAAUCAUCUUUACCAGAUUACAGAGCUGCAACGUACAUGAUAAUAUGUCAGAUUUCUGUGAAAGUGACAAUGGAGGACACCUUCGUCAAUUCGUUGGCUUCACAGAUCAUCAAAACGUUGACCAAAAUUCCUUCUUUGAUCAAGGAUGGAUUAGGUUGCUUAAUAGUGCUCAUGCAGAGACAGAAGCCAGAGAGCCUUGGGAAAAAGCCAUUUCCUCAUUUGUGUAACGUUCCUGAUCUUAUUACAAUACUUCAAGGGAUUUCUGAAGUCUAUGAUGUUAGUCCUCUUCUGCGUUACAUGCUUCCCCAUCUGGUCGUCUCCAUCGUUAAUCAUAUUACAGGUGAAGAAACUGAAGGGACAGAUGGUCAAAUCUACAGGAGACAUUUAGAAGCUAUACUUACAAAUAUAUCACUGAAGAACAACUUAGACCAUUUGCUGGCUAGCCUUCUUUUUGAAGAGUAUAUUUCAUAUAGUUCACAGGAAGAAAUCGGUCCUGAUAAAGUAUCUUUGCUUAACGAACAGUUUCUUCCACUUAUCAGACUUUUGGAAAGCAAGUAUCCCCGAACAUUAGAUGUUGUAUUAGAGGAACGCCUAAAAGAAAUUACAGAUCUAAAAAAACAGGAGCUUUUUCAUCAGUUUAUCUCUCUUUCUACAAGUGGAGGAAAGUAUCAGUUUUUAGCAGAUUCUGAUACGUCUUUGAUGCUCAGUCUGAACCAUCCACUUGCUCCUGUGAGACUUCUGGCUAUUAAUCAUCUGAAAAAUAUCAUGAAGACAUCAGAGGAGAACGUCGAUGAGUCUUUCAUAAAAGAAGCUGUUUUAACCCGAUUAGGUGAUGAUAGUUUAGAUGUUGUUUUGUCGGCUAUAAAUGCUUUUGAGAUUUUUAAACAACACUUUAGUUCGGAAGUGACUGUUUCAAAUCUUCUAAAUCUCUUUCGAAGAGCAGAACUUUCAAAAAAUAGGGGAUGGUACAAGGUACUUGAGGUAGCAGCAGACAUACUAAUUAAGGAAGAGCUACUGAAAGAAAAUGAUCACUUGUCAAAUCAGGUGGUGGUACAUCUGCUGCCGUUUAUGAUUAUCAUCAAUGAUGACAUGGAAUCUGCAGAGAUGAAAAUCGCUAUAUAUUUAUCAAAAUCAGGAAUUUGCUCUCUGCACCCUAUAUUAAGGGGCUGGAAGGAAGCUCUUGAAAAUGUGAUUAAAAGCACAGAGUCAGGAAAGCUAAUUGGUGUGGCAAAUCAGAAGAUGAUUGCAUUAUUGGCUGACAAUAUAAGUUCAGGGGAUCCUUCUUCAAUGUUAAAGAUGGUGGAGGAUUUAAUAAGCCUUGGGGAGAAGGACUGCUUUAGUCUGAAGCAGAAAGUGACUUUUCACCUGGUCACGGCUGUGCUGGUUUCUUGCUGUUCAUCUUUAAAGGAAACUCACUUUCCAUUUGCAAUAAGAGUCUUCAGUUUGUUGCAGAAAAAAAUAAAGAAGCUUGAAGGUGUCAUUACUGCAGUGGAAAUCCCCUCAGAAUGGCAUUUUGAGCUGAUGAUGGACAGAGAGAUACCAGUGGAACUGUGGACACAUUACAUAGAACAGCUCAACACCGCCCAGAAUAUUGCUGUGGAGGAUUCAGUUUUACUCAUAUUUUCACUGAAAAAUUUUAUUCAUGCACUAAAGGCCCCUAAAUCCUUUCCUAGAGAGGACGUGUGGUGGGACCCCGAACAGCUGCGAGAAGACAGCAGGGCCUAUGUGCGCUUGCUCAUUGGGCUCUUUGAGACGAUACUCACCGGUGCUGAUGCCGUUCAUUUUAGGGUCCUGAUGAAACUGUUCAUAAAGGUGCAUCUGCAAGAUGUUUUUCAGUUCUUCAAGUUCUUUUCUGUUUUAUGGACGUAUGGGUCUAGCCUUUCAAAUCCACUUAACUGCAGCGUGAAAACAGUGCUGCGGACCCAAGCUCUUUAUAUAGGGUGUGCGAUGCUCUCUUCUCAGAAAGCACAGAGUAAACAUCAGCUGGCAUCUGUCUCUUCUCCAGUGGUGACAUCUCUACUCAUUAAUCUGGGAAGCCCCAUAAAAGAAGUACGAAGGGCCUCCAUUCUUUGUCUCCAGGCCCUCAGUGGAGUGGUGUCUCAUUUCCAUCUGGUAAUAGAUCAUUUGGUUCCUAAAACAGAGGAGAUCACCUCAGACGCCACCUAUGUUACUCAGGAUUUGGCUGCUUUAUUUGAAGAACUGCGGAGAGAAAAGAAACUAAAAUCUCAUCAGAAAUUAUCAGAAACUUUGAAAAACCUACUUAAUUGUGUAUAUAGUUCCCCAUCUUAUAUUGCAAAGGAUUUGAUGAAAGUACUUCAGGAAGUCAGCAGUGAGAUGGUGCUUUCUCAGCUGUUGCCUAUGGCUGAACAACUGUUAGAAAAGAUCCAAAAGGACCCGACAGCUGUCCUGAAAGAUGAGGCCAUUAUUUUGCAACUCACUCUGGGAAAAUAUAAUGAAUAUUCAGCAUCCCUUUUACAUAAGGACCCAAAGAGCCUAGAUAUAUUUAUAAAAGCCGUGCAUACAACAAGGGAACUUGGCGCAGGAAUGCCAACCGUUCAGAUUACAGCCCUUGAAAAGAUUACAAAGCCAUUUUUUGCAGCUAUAGCAGAUGAAAAAGUUCAGCAGAAGCUUUUGCACAUGUUGUUUGAUUUAUUGGUGAACUGUAAAAAUUCACAUUGUGCUCAGACCGUUAACAGUGUUUUUAAAGGGAUUUCUGUUAAUGCUGAACAAGUCAGAAUAGAACUGGAGCCACCAGAUAAAACGAAGUCCUUGGGCACAAUUCAGCAAACAAGAAGGCAAAAAAUGCAGCAGAAAAAAUCACAAGAUCUAGAAUCCGUUCAGGAAGUUGGAGGUUCUUACUGGCAAAGAGUAACCCUCAUCCUAGAAUUACUGCAGCACAAAAAGAAACUCAAAAGUCCUCAGAUACUGAUACCGACUCUUUUUAACCUGCUAGCAAGGAGUUUAGAACCUUUGCCACCAGAGCAGGGAAAUAUGGAAUACACCAAACAAUUAAUACUUAGUUGUUUGCUUAACAUCUGCCAGAAGCUCUCUCCAGAAGGUGGCAAAAUACCAAAGGAUGUUCUAGAUGAGGAGAAGUUCAAUGUGGAAUUGAUUGUCCAGUGCAUCCGUGUUUCAGAGAUGCCUCAGACCCAUCACCAUGCCCUUUUACUUUUGGGUACUGUGGCUGGAAUAUUUCCUGAUAAAGUUCUACACAAUAUCAUGUCUAUUUUCACAUUUAUGGGAGCCAGUGUCAUGCGUCUAGAUGAUACUUACAGUUUUCAAGUUAUUAACAAGACAGUGAAAAUGGUUAUCCCAGCACUUAUUCAGUCUGAUGGUGGAGACUCGGUGGAAGUCACAAGAAACGUGGAAGAGGUCGUGGUGAAAAUCGUGAACGUAUUUGUGGAUGCGCUGCCCCACGUCCCAGAGCACAGGCGCCUGCCCAUCCUCGUUCAGCUUGUCGACACACUGGGUGCAGAAAGAUUCCUCUGGGUCCUCCUCGUCCUGCUUUUUGAACAGUAUGUCACGAAAACAGUGCUGCUGGCUGCCUGUGGAGAAAAGGAUGCUAUUUUAGAGGCAGACACUGAAUUUUGGAUUUCAGUCUGUUGUGAAUUUAGUGUCCAACAUCAGAUACAAAGCUUGAUGAAUAUUCUUCAGUACUUAAUGAAGCUGCCCGAGGAAAAAGAAGAAGCUGUUUCCAAAGCAGCAUCAACUAAAAGUGAAUCACAAGAAGAGGUGCUACAGAUUUUUAAUAUAGACACUCACACGAGCAAGCAGCUGCGGCAUUUUAAAUUUUUGUCCGUGUCCUUCAUGUCUCAGCUCCUGGCUUCUAACAAUUUUAUCAGAAAGGUGGUUGAAAGUGGUGGUCCUCAGGUUUUAAAAGGCCUUGAACAGAGGUUGCUAGAAACAGUUCUUGGCUAUAUUAAUGCUGUAGCACAGUCCAUGGAGAAAAAUGCAGACAAGCUAACUGUGAAGUUUUGGCGGGCACUGCUUAGUAAAGCUUACGACAUGUUAGAUAAGGUCAAUGCCUUGCUGCCCACGGAAACCUUCAUAGCUGUGAUCAGAGGGCUGCUGGGUAACCCGCUGCCAUCUGUCCGCCGGAAAGCACUGGAUCUUUUGAACAACAAACUACAGCAGCAUACAUCCUGGAAAAAGACCAUUGUUUAUCGUUUCCUAAAACUGGUUCCAGUCCUUUUGGCCAUUGUGCAGCAUAAAAAAAAGACGGAAGAACAAGCAAUAAACAGACAGACAGCUUUAUAUACUCUAAAGCUUUUAUGUAAGAAUUUUGGUGCAGAAAAUCCAGAGCCUUUUGUCCCUGUGCUGAGCACUGCUGUGAAACUGAUUGCACCAGAAACAAAAGAAGAGAAGAAUGUCUUGGGAAGUGCCCUGCUGUGCGUGGCAGAGGUGACCUCCACCCUGGAGGCGCUGGCCAUCCCUCAGCUUCCCAGCCUGAUGCCAUCAUUGCUGACAACAAUGAAAAACACCAGUGAGCUGGUUUCCGGUGAAGUCUAUCUGCUUAGUGCUUUGGCGGCCCUGCAGAAGGUUGUGGAGACCCUCCCACAUUUCAUCAGCCCUUACCUAGAAGGUGUCCUGUCCCAGGUGGUUCAUUUGGAGAAAAUCACUGGUGGAAUGGGUUCUGCCUCACAAGCUAAUAUCCGCAUCAUGUCCCUUAAAAAGACACUGGCUACCACACUGUCACCCCGAGUCUUACUGCCAGCGAUCAACAAAACGUACAAACAAAUUGAGAAGAACUGGAAGAAGCACAUGCGUCCAUUUAUGAGCAUCUUGCAAGAGCACAUUGGGGUCAUGAAGAAGGAAGAGCUCACCUCCCAUCAGGCUCCACUAACCGUGUUUUUUCUGGAAGCCUUGGACUUCCGAGCACAGCACUCUGAAGAUGAUCUGGAGGAAAUUGGAAAGACCGAAAAUUGUAUCAUUGACUGUCUAGUAGCCAUGGUGGUGAAACUUUCUGAAGUCACGUUCAGGCCCUUGUUCUUUAAACUGUUUGAUUGGGCUAAAACAGAGGAUGCCCCGAAGGACAGACUUUUGACAUUUUACAACUUGGCAGAUAACAUUGCUGAAAAACUUAAAGGGCUCUUUACUCUGUUCGCUGGCCACUUGGUGAAGCCUUUUGCUGACACCUUGAACCAGGUGAACAUCUCCAAAACAGAUGAAGCGUUUUUUGACUCUGACAAUGACCCUGAAAAGUGCUGCUUGCUAUUGCAGUUUAUUUUGAACUGUUUAUAUAAAAUCUUCCUUUUUGAUACUCAGCAUUUUCUCAGUAAAGAGAGAGCAGAAGCCUUGAUGAUGCCCCUGGUGGACCAGCUAGAAAACAGGCUGGGAGGAGAAGAACGGUUCCAGGAGCGAGUGACAAAGCACCUCAUCCCGUGCAUAGCGCAGUUUUCCGUGGCUGUGGCAGACGACUCUCUUUGGAAACCACUGAACUACCAGAUUCUGCUGAAGACGAGAGACUCCUCACCCAAGGUUCGAUUUGCUGCUCUGAUUACAGUAUUAGCACUGGCUGAAAAACUAAAGGAGAAUUACCUUGUCUUGCUACCAGAGUCCAUUCCUUUCUUAGCUGAAUUGAUGGAAGAUGAAUGUGAAGAAGUGGAGCGUCAGUGCCAGAGGACCGUCCAGCAGCUGGAGGCCGUACUGGGGGAGCCACUCCAGAGCUACUUCUAA